AGCUCCAUGGCUCGUGGGAGGCUAUGUCAUGCUUGUGUGUGGCAUUGGCUCUGUGCUUAAAGCUUAAGGUAAGGUGUUCUGUUCUCUCAAACUCUCAAUGGUUGUGGAUGGAUAGAUUGUAGUUGAAGUUGAGUUGACUUUCAGAAUUUAGACUCCCUUUGAUUGUGACUCUGAAUUUGAUUCAAAAUUCAGAAAUUAAUUGCUUCUGUGAAAUUGAAUUGUCUCUGUGAAAUGUUGAAUUGGUUAUAAAAUAGUUUUAUUACGACAGUUCAUAUGGUUUUAGUGUGAAAUUUCAUAUGGAUUUGAAAUGCUAAAUUGUAUUUGUGAAUUGUCUUUGAAACUCUAUUUUUAUGAAAUUUUGAAUUCAAAUUGUGAGAUUGCUUGCAUGUAGAGUCUUUGUGACUCCAAAAUUUCUAAAAUUUCAAUUUUAAGAAGGUUAGCUUACAUUUCAAAGUCUUUGUGACUUUGAAUUCCUAAAAUUGCAAUUUUAAACUAGUUAGCUUACAUUUUAAAGUCUUUGUGACUCUGAAAUUUGAAGUUGUUGUUUAAUUUGUAAUGUUUGUGGAAUUGUUGAAUAUUGUGCAAUUUUUAAAUAUUGUGAAAUAUUAAGGAAUUGAAACUGUUUAAACAAGGUUUUUGCAUGUGUGUAGUUGGAGUUGUACAAUUUUAAGUAUGUUAGUUUACAUUUCAGAGUCUUUGUGACUUUGAAAUUUGAAAUUGCUAUUUAAUUUGUAAUGUUUGUGGAAUUGUUGAAUAUUGUGCAAUUCUUAAUAUUGUGGAAUAUUAUGGAAUUGAAGUUGAAAUUGAAAAUGUUUAAACAAGGUUUUGCAUGUUUGUUGUUGGAGUUGUGCAAUUUUAAACAUGUUAGCUUACAUUUUCAGAGUAUUUGUGACUCUGAAAUUUGAAAUUCCUGUUAAAUAUGUAAUGUUUGUAGAUUUGUUGAAUAUUGUGGAAUUGAAUUGAAGUUGAAAUUAGGACUGUUUAAACAAUGUUUUUGCAUGCUUGUAGUUGGAAUUGUGCAAUUUUUUUUAAGGAACCAGCCAGUUAGUUAUGUUUCAAUAUUGUAUCACACAGUAGCUGAUUGGUUCUAAUUGUUAAGCAUUAUUGAGUACUAGGAGUCUAAGUGACAGCAAUUUUUUCAAAGCUUCAAAAUCGUCUCUCUUUUAUUUUAGUUCAUUGCAUUGUAACCAGUACAUGUCUUGCCUUGAAGUGUUGUGUAAUUGCUGUCUUGUUUUUGUUUGUUUCCUCUUAUGUAAGCAGUGUCCUAAUGGAUCCAAAUUCCCAAUCAUCAGUUAAUGCACCUUCCUCUUAAACCCCAAUAGGCCAAAGUCCAUCACCAUCAGGUCCACCACCACUGUCAAAACCUAAAUCGUCUGAUGCCAAAUCGACAUUACCUCCACGACCUUCAUUAGGGGGGGAAAAAAACCUUCUAGGCCAGCAAGUGAUGUAUGGGAUCACUUUGUCAAAAUAGAAGAUAGUGAUCCUGAUGACCCUAGAUGUAAAUGCAUAUAUUGUCAUAAGGAUUAUGCAUGUGGUUCUAAGAAGUGUGGAACUAGUAUCCUAAGGAACCAUUUGCAGCAAUGUCUGAAAAAUCCUUACAAGGUAGAUGAAAAAAAGCAAAAGACCUUAACUUUUGAAAGGAAGUCCGAUGGUAGUGGCAGCAGUUUGGUAGCUACAGUUUUCAACAAAGAUGCAUGUAGGAUGGCAUGUGCCAAAAUGAUAAUAUUGGAUGAGUUGCCUUUUGGUUUUGUAGAAGGCUGUGGGUUUAGACACUUCUGCAGUGUUGCAUGUCCUAAGUUUGAUCCUCCAUCUAAAAGAACCAUCGUGAAGGACAUUUAUUAAUUGUACUUGGAUGAGAAGGUGGCUUUAAGAUCAAUGUUUGUUGCAAAGAAACAAAAAGUUAGCCUUACAACUGAUACAUGGACUUAUAUUCAAAAUGUUUGUUAUAUGUCAUUGACUGCCCAUUAUGUUGAUGAUGAUUGGAUGUUACAUAAAAGAAUUUUAAGUUUUUGUGUGAUUCCUAAUCAUAAAGGAGAGGCAAUUGGAAAGCUAAUUGAGGUUUAUUUGCAUGAUUGGGGUAUUGAGAAAGUGUUCAUCAUAACCCUUGAUAAUGCAAGUGCAAACAAUAAUCUAAUUGCUUAUCUUAAGAGGAAAAUGGUACAUUGGAAAAGUUGUGUAUUGGAUGCUGAUUUUUUGCAUAUUCGAUGUAGUGCACACAUUUUCAACUUGAUUGUGUGUGAGAGUUUGAAAGAAUUAGACGACUCAAUUGCUAGCAUUCGUAAUACUGUGAGAUAUGUUAGAUCCUCUCCUUCUAGAUUGCAAAAAUUUAAAGGGUGUAUAAGUCAAGAGAAAAUUGAUAGCAAAACUUUAGUAUGUUUGGAUGUUCUAACAAGAUGGAACUCCACAUAUUUAAUGUUAGAGUCGGCUUUGAAAUUUCAAAAAGUCUUUGAUAGAAUGGAGGAGGAAGAUGGACAUUAUGCUUCCUAUUUUGGAGAGGAUGAUAGUGAUAGAAAGAAGGUUGAACCUCCUCUUGCUUGGCAUUGGGAUGAUGCCAAAGUUUUUGUCCAAUUUCUUAAAGGCUUUUAUGAUGUGACUCUUAAAUUUAAUGCCUCUCUGCAUGUUACCUCCAAUAUCUAUUUCCAUCAAAUUUCUUCCAUACAAAAACAAUUGGAUGACUUGUGUGUUAGUGAGGAUGACCGAUUGUGUGUUAUGGCAAGGAAAAUGAGAGAAAAAUAUAAUAAAUAUUGGGGUUCCAUGGGAAAUGUCAAUAAAUUGUUUCUAAUUGCAGCAGUGCCUGAUCCAAGAUAUAAGUUGGAUUAUGUGUCAUUUAGUUAUGUGAUGCUUUAUGAUAAUGAUGAAAGUAUGGUUACUAAAUUGAUAAACAGUUUGAAAAAGACUUUAAUGAGGCUGUAUAAUUGGUAUAAUGAAAGAGAAAUGGGUUCAGAUACUAGUUGCCAAUCUUCCAUUGGUGUUGAGUCUUGUGGAACUAGUUUGAAUUGUAAUAGUAGUGGAUUAGAACAUGCCAACUAUGCUGACCGGGUUUGGAUUGCUUAUUUGAAGAAGAGAGAACAAAACCAAUGUAAAGAGGUAAAAAAUGAUGUGGAUAGGUAUCUGGUCGACCCUUGUAAAUCUAGUUUAAAUAAGGGUUUUGAUAUUUUAAAUUGGUGAAGAGUCAAUGGAGAGAAAUAUCCUGUGUUAGAGAAGGUUGCAAAGAAUGUAUACGCCAUUCAAGUCUCCACUGUGGCUUCUGAGAGUGCUUUUAGCACUGGAGGCAGGAUACUUGAUCCUUUUAUAAGCUCUUUGACUACUAAAAUGGUGGAGACUUUGAUAUAUUGUCAAAAUUGGCUUAAUGCUUCUCCAAGUUUGGACAGAUUCUUUUUAGAAGAAAUCGAGUAUUAUGAAAGCCUAGAUGCAGCCAACCAGUGGCAGCAACUCCUAACAGCAGCACCAAAAAGGAUUGAUUGUGCAUUGUGGAGUGGAUAGACUUGAAACUUGACAGCAGCACCAAAGCUUUGUAGCAGUGGCAGUGGAGGUUUUGGUAGUGGCAAUAGAAGAGUGGCUUCAAAUUUUUGGAGGAUUUGGCAGUGGCAAUAGGAGAAGGGCAGUGGCUGUUGGAAUGGCAAUGGCAGUGGCACUUUGGAAUUGUAAUUUGUUAUUUUGAUACUUGUGUUUUGUGUCUGCAUUUCUUAUUCUCAAUUUUGGCUGUGGCAUUGGUAGUGACACUGCAUUUCUCAAUCAUCAAUUUUUCUUUUC